CACAACUUAUGGUGACGGGAUCCUUACAUUCACCGAAAAUGUUGCAAAGACACGUCCACUCGUCGUUGUGGGAUAACGGGUGCCGAUUACGGAGCUCAUCUGGGUUGCGCUCGCUGGUCUUGGCCCAUGCCAGGCGGAAAGGAGUGAGCAAAGAGCUUCGGGAACUUCAGGAGCUGAAGCAGAGCACGACGGCCCCAACAACAGUAAACCCUACGCCUGUUCCAACACCCUCCUCUCCUCUGGCGACAUCCUCAGCCUCAGGCUCCGCUAGCCCCUCCUCCCCGCAGCCUGCAUCACCCACUCCAGCGGCUCUGAAUGCCCCCUCGUCAACCAACUUACCGCCCCCAACAAAUAACAUCAAUGCCCCAACACCAAUGGCCCCGACCAGCAGCAUUAGCACCGGCAGUAGCAGCAGCACAAGCAGCAACAGCAGCAGCAGCACAAGCAGUGGCUUGUUUGAUAGCCUACUAAUCCGCAUCCUGGCUUCCGUCACAGCUAUUAUGGCAGUUAUCGGAAUCUUCUUUAGCGUGGUGUUCUACGGCGCUUCAGACGCGGUGUAUGUCUUCAAAGAUCAGCUGGCGGUCAUUACUAAGAAGGAUUUUGUGCCGUACUCUGAACGCCGCCGAAUGGAGCAGGAAUUGCUGGCAAAGCUUGAAGCGGAGCAAGCUCAGCGGCGGCUACAGCAGCAGGAGGCCGCAGCAACAACAGUAGCAGGGACUGGGCGGGAAAGCACUAGCAGUGGCAGCAGCAGCAGUAGCGCAGUCGACACCACAGAUAAGGUGGCUGCAGCAACCAUCAGUGGUGGAAGUGGUGGUGGUGCUGAGGUUACAGCUGCUGCUGAUGACUCGGCGGACGGAUCAGAGGAGUUGCUCAACCUGUUGCCGGGGAGCAACAGCCGCAGCAGAAGUCGAUAAGAGGCAGGAGCGGCUGACGGACUUGAUUGUCGUACUAAUACAAUCAAGCACCGUACGAGUCAUUCGAACAACGUAAUGCACAAGGCGUGGGAAGGGCAGCAGAGGGGAGGAGCCGAUGGGGGAGGGCAAGUUGCUGAGUGGGGAGGAGGUGACGAGGGCCUUCGUUGGCGUUUGAGGAGUUGAAGGGCGUCCGUUGUCGGAUAGUGGUUCAAGCGAGUGGGGGCGAAGCCAGAAGGCCACGCUCUGAGCCGUCAUGUGGUCACAGAUAGAAGCAAGGGCCACAGACGAUGCCCGGUACCAGCCAAAUGUAAAUAAGCAGAUGCAAUUUUGCCAAAUGUAACUGU